AGCAGAAAUAAAUGCGGAAAAAAUAUCAUGGUAUCACGUGGAUCAUGACGACGUUUGUGAUCAAUAUCGUUGUUGUAUAGCUGUUGUCAAAACAAAACGGUCCAUUACUUUUAUACGCCGUGAAACAACUUGAAUACAAAUUGUAUAACAGGCAAAAUGUCGACACAGGCUUAUAAAGAAUUAUCUGUAGCCACAAACACUGCUUUGGAUUUACUUGGCUUCUCUAAGGAAAUGAUUAAAUCGAGAGUUGAGCUAUGCAAACAUUCAGCUUCCAUAUUCACCGACAAGUUUCAAAAUUUGUUUCCAUGGUUUGACUUCGACGUUAUGAUAACCGGGAGUGUAGGAGACGGCAUUGCAAAACAUCCUGAAAGUGACAUUGAUGUGAUUCAAGUAUUUCGCAAUUUCCUUUGUUUGGACAAUGCUCAGGUAGAGAGUGAACUUUGUAUAAUUCAAGCGAUUACAGCAGAUUCCCCGCCGGGUUAUACACAACUUAAUCCUGUAGAAAUGGAUUCUAAUAUUUUUGCAAUGGGUUUGUUUAGUUUCACCGCUGAAUAUGACUUAAGUAAAGGUCAGGUGUUUCUUCUAAGCACUUGUAUGCGUAAUUUAUUAGACAUAGGUAGGGAAACAUUAAGCUCAUAUUUUGCGUAUGAUGGCACAAAAAGAGAACAUCGGGAACAACAAGGACCGUCCAAUCCUUUGACUGUUCAUCUUAAAAUACAUUUGAUGCCGUAUAUGGAUCAGUCAUGUGACGUUGACUGUGUGUUGGCAAUGCCUUAUAUAUCAUUGACAGUAUUAGAUUCUUGGAGUAAACGUGACAGAUAUUGGCCAUCUCAGUCUGUUUGUCAAGAAAUCAUGGAUACAGAGGCUUACGUUGUUCCAGUUGGUGCUAGUUGCAGCGAGAAUCAGAACUACGAAUGGAGAAUUUCCUUCACAACUGCGGAAAGUAUUCUUGUGUCUCAUCUCAAUACUGUGCUCUUAAAAAUUUACAUUUUAUUUAAAAUGGCUAACAAGUAUUUUAUUAAACCAAAUUGUGAUCUUCUAAGUUCCUACAUGAUCAAGAAUGUGAUGUUCUGGGUGUCAGAACAUAUUGAGCCAAGUACGUGUUAUUCUCCUGAAAGAUUGUUAGACCUUCUGCUGCAAGCACUUGCUUUUCUACUCAGCUGUUUAGAUUCUAAAUUUCUUCCUAACUAUAUGAUACAAGAGAGGAACCUUCUCCUUGGGAAAGGAAAACCAUGUGACAUAACACAGCUCAAAUGUAUCAUAUCAAAUCUAUUGGACACAGGUGGCUUUUUCAUUUUUAGGAUAGAGAAGCUUAAAGUAAAAAUAUUGUCCAUUGAAAAAUGUUUAACAGAUGCUAAACGACUUUCUGAAAUGAAAGACAAGUUCGAGAUGAUGUUUUUGCGAAUUGGUAUCGUCAUUACUACAAAGCUGUCCCGUGAAGAAAUUUGUCAGUCAUCAUUCAUAUAUGAUGUUAUGUUUGAAAUUAUCAAAGACCCUGUGUGCUUAGAUGUCAUAUUGACAUUGAUGAAAUUUCUGAAUCUAGACUUGAUAUCUUUAAUUACUAAUCCACAACAAAUUUGGAAAGCUAUCAGUGAUUUUUUGUUUUCAUAAAUAGUUUUUCAAGAAAGGAAGGAAACAAGAAAUAAAUUCUAAAUGUUAAAGAGAUCAGAUUGCUGUAAACAUAAAAAAUGGAAAAUAAAUGUUUUAUAAUUGCAGACUCUAACAUAAAAAUAAUGAAAUUUACAAUAAUGAAUCGAGUAUUGUUUGACGGAAAGCUUUACAAAAAGACAAAGAACUAAUUUAAUAGAUUUUUAUUGUAUGAAAGUUCUUAAUGAUUUCACUAUAGUUUUUAAUGUAUAGAAUUUGGUGCCAAAAGCACUCUAAAUUUUUGUUAAUACUUAUAUAUGUUAUUUGCCACCAUGUAAUUCCUCUAAACAGGCGGAUGUGAGCGAAUUUCUAAAUAUAUCAGAGAUGUGUUCUAAUUGUAAGUUUUGGAAAUUGAAUUGCAUGAUUGGUGAGACAAAAAAGUGUAUUAUUGGUAUAAAUAAUGUGUUUGAUGGAGAGGCUGUUCAUUUCACAUCUAAUCUCAAAAGAAAAAUGUUGUUAGGUUUUUAUUUUGUUGUUGUUUCUUUUCUUUUUUUUUGGAUAGCAACACGUGUAAUUUGAACUGAAGAAAUCAUGUAUAGUAUGUCUUUACAUCAGUUUCGCCGAGGAAUGUGCUGACAAUGACCAUCGUAUUGCAUGAAUGGUAACACUUGUCUAUAAUUAUAUUAUAAUGAUAGGAACUGACAUUUUAUCAAAAGUGACGCUCCGAACGGUUUUGUUCCGAGUUAUAUUCCUGAUAAUUCUAUAUCACAAUGGCAUUUUAAUGCACCUGUUUUAAA